AUGGCUACCAAUAACGAGACUCAAUCGGGCAUCAAGACCGUCCUCAUAAUAGGCGCCGUCUUCCCCGCAACCCCCAUCAUCCGCACCCUCGACAACGCCAACCUCGCCAUCCACGUCGCGCACCCCCGCGCCCUCUCCGACCCCUACAAACAAGUCACCUACCACGAAUGCGAAACGUCCGGCGCCGCGCUCAAAACUCUACUCUCGGAAAUCAAGCCAGACCUCAUCGUCAGCACCGUCUCCGGCGGCGCAUACGACACCCAAAAGGCCCUGAUCGAUGCGGCGCUCGAGGCGGGCGUCCCGCGCUUCAUCCCCUACGAGUUCGGGCAGGAUAGUUUGAAUGCGGGCGUUCAGGAGCGAUUGCAGCCCAGUCGGGGCCGGGGGAAGGUGAUAGAGUACUUGAAGUCUUUAUCCGGCGAUGGCGGCGGCAGCAGCAGCAAGCUAAGCUGGGUCGGCAUCGCGACCGGCGUGGAUUUGGAUCGCGGGCUGCUGAACGGGAAUCUGGGCUUCGACAUCAAGUGGCAGAGCGCGACGCUACAUGGGCAGGGAAGUGAGCGCUUCGCCGCCAGCUCGUCGUCGUGGAUUGGACGUGUGGUGCUGGCUGUGAUUCAGCAUUGGGACGCGGUGGCGAAUCGGUAUCUGUACGCUGCGGGGCUGACGACGAGUGGGGACGAGGUGGUGGCUGCGUUGGAGAAGGCCACGGGGCAGGAGUUUGUGGCUUCCAAGGGGGAUGUGAAGGAUUGCGUGAGGGAGGCGGAGGCGCGGAUUGAGAGGGGCUUUCCCGACGCGGGCAUGUUUCUUAUGCGCCGGUCGGUGAUGUACGACGAGGAGAUUGGGGCGGUGCGGGCCUUCGAGCAGGAAGAUGCGAAGAAGACGCUUGGGCUCGAGGCGGAGAAGUUGGAGGACAUUAUCGACUUUGUGAAUCACGAGUUUGCGCAUCAUCAACAGGGAGGUUGUGGGUGCGAUUGA